ACAGGGGGGCCAUGGCCUUGGACCCUCUCGGCGGGCGGGGCCCUUGGUCAGGGGUAUAGCUGGGAGAGUGGGGAGGCUGCCCAGAGACAAGGCCGGGCUGAGAUUGGCCAAGGGGACGGUGAUGAUCUAUCUGUCUUCGCAAACGUCCAUGCAGCUGCCUGGGGAAAGACUUGUGGGUGGGGUCUGUUGCAAGUAGAACUUGUCCCCUUCCCCUGGGUGAGUGCUGUUCCACCCCAGCCUGGGGGUAGGGGGAGACAGAGCGGGUGCCUCUGGGACCCCACUCUGCCGAUAGGUCCACUGAGGCCGUGGUUAGCAGAGAGAUCUGGAAGUGUGGAGAAGGUCUGCAUGGAGGACCAGGGGAAGAGCCAGCAAGCUUCCCAGUUGGGGGUGGGGGAAUGCAGGGGAGUGGCCCCCUCAUUCCCUCCGAGCCGGCCUCAGCGCUCUGCGGGAGCAGGAGCCUAGGGUUUGGGGGAGGCACGAGGGUGGUGGCCACAGACAGUGCCCCAGAAGCAGUGGUCCUUUGGGUAUUGAUGGCUCUGUGAUGGUGGCCAGGAGGGUGGUGGUCGUGUGUGUGUGUGUGUGUGUGUGUGUGUGUGUUUUGAGGGGAACUUAGCUGGUGAGCAGCUACUAUGUUGAAAAGAGCUUUUGACAGUGAGGAAACUUAAGGCCUAGUCCUGGUUCACCUUGCUGUGUGACCCUGGGCAAGUAAGUGGGCCUCACUGAGCCUCAGUUUCCCCAUCUAUAAAAUGGGGUUCAAUAAGCCUGCCCCUUCCUCAGGGCUGUUGUGAGGACAGUGGGAAACAAUUUAAGAGGAACACAGUGCCCUGGGAAAGAGGAUCCUUAGGAGAACCAGUGUGAACGGGAUGGAACUGAACUUGGGGGUGUUUGUUGCGCUUUGAGUGUUCCUCAGCCUUGGGCCAGGCUUUGCUGGGGCGAUGCCAGAUGCCAAGUGGAAUCAAGCUGAGACCCGCCCUCUGGGAGCUCACACUGUGGUUCAGUGACUUGCAAACCUUUUACAGGCAUGCCUCAUUUUGAUAAACAAAGAGCUGCUGCCUUAAUGUUUAACUGAGGUUACUUUCAAGUUUACAGGGCUUUUGUUUCUUUUUUGAAGCUUUGCAAAAAUAUCUUUAAACCACUGUUGACCCACCCUUCCCUCCAGAUUGGGGAUGCACCUCCCUACCGCGCUUCUUGAGAAUCUGGUUGGAGAGAUAAGAUGCAUCCAGGGGCCAGUGAUUGCAGCCGGGAGUGCCCAUGACCGAACUGGCGUCCUCCGGGGACAGGUCCCCUGCGGGGGACGGGGAGGAGGGCCUGGGGGACGACCGAGGCCUGGUCAUCCACCACCCUGCAGAGGAGCAGCCGCACCGCUGCCCACUGUGCGGCCAGACCUUCUCGCAGCAGCCCAGCCUGGUGCGGCACCAGAAGGCGCAUGCCGGAGUGGGCCGCGCGGCCGCCUUCGUGUGCCCCGAGUGCGGCAAGGCCUUCAGCGUCAAGCACAACCUCGAGGUGCAUCAGCGCACCCACACGGGCGAGCGGCCCUUCCCCUGCCCCGAGUGCGGGCGCUGCUUCAGCCUCAAGCAGAACCUGCUAACGCACCAGCGUAUCCACAGCGGCGAGAAGCCGCACCAAUGCGCGCAGUGCGGCCGCUGCUUCCGGGAGCCGCGCUUCCUGCUCAACCACCAGCGCACCCACGCGCGCAUGCCCGCGCCGCACCCGCACCGCCCCGGCGUCUUCGGGGAGCGGAGGCCCUACUUCUGCGCCCGCUGCGGCAAGAGCUUCGCGCGCGAAGGCUCGCUCAAGACCCACCAGCGCAGCCACGGCCACGGGCCCGAGGGCCAGGCGGCCCAUUUAGGCCGCGUGCUCUGAUGCGCGCUGGACCUGCUGCCUCCGGCUGUUUUCUGCCCCAGAGCCGCAUCCGUGACCUCUGGAGAUGGCGCUGGGCUUCGGCCCCCUCUCUGGCUGGGAUCCCGGGAGACUGGGAGGGCUGGCUUGGGGUCUCAAAGGAGUGGGCCGCCUCCUUCCGCUCCUUCCCCAGGACCCUCUGGCUGGCUGCACACGGCUGCUUUGGGCCCCUGCGUUGGUUUUCCUCCGCAGGCCCACCCGGCUUAGAGCAGAUGUGGCGUGUACAGGACCUCUGGGCUGUGUGCAAGGCACACCUGACACAGUGACUAGGAAUGGGGCCCUGGGCCUGUGCCCCGGCAUGAGGACACGUCCCCUAAGAAGACCUACCUCGGGAGGUGACAGCAGAGGGACCGAUGGAGCCUGGAAUUGGAGGCAGGUUCUGUGCCCUGGUGGAAAAACUCCCCGGACCUGCUGGGAGUCACAGCCGAAGAAGAGCUCGUGCUGGCUGCCUGGCUGUAAGCCUUCACGCUCCCGUGGCAGCGGGGCCGGUGCCUGUGUGGGGAGCGUGCUUCUGUGCUCCCGCCUGGCCCACCAGAGACGGGAGGUGAAUUGCCUAGGAGAACACAGCCAGUUGGUAGCAGACUCGGCUCCAGAGGCAAGACCUUCCCCCAGGUGUGCACAUACCUGCAGGCUUCGCUCUCCUUUCAGAGCAACGUUCUUAACAUUUUUGGGGUCGUGAAGCCCUCUGACAAGAUGGCAAAGGUUAUGAACCGUCUCCCCAGGAAGACACACAUAGUCACGUAGAUGCAAGAAUCUACAAGCAACCCCAGGAGCUCCUGGACCCCAGGCCGAGAUCCUUGGCCCCGGGACUAACCCGCCACUCCUUCCUUACCUGACACAGAGCCCCGGGUCAGGGCCUACAUUCGAGUAGCAUUUCAUCCCCUGCCCUCCCCCACCCCUGCCCUUC